AUGGCGUCAGCCAUCGAGCGGUUGCCAUCAUUGAAAUAUGUCAAGUUUGGAACGAGUGACAUGAUGGUGUCAGAAGUUUGCGGUGGCACCAUGAUGUGGGGAUCUUUGAACAAAGAGGAGAAGAUGGCCCAUGAUCAGCUGGAUGCUCUCGUGCGCUUGGGGGUGAACUUCCUCGACUCGGCAGAGCUGUAUCCGGUGCCGCACGCUGGCGGAAAGGUGACUGAGGAGUGGAUGGGCAAUUGGCUGGAGAAGGCCAUCGCAGAUGGCAAGGUGAAGCGGGACAAGCUCUACAUCGCCUCCAAAGCGAAUCCCUCCAACCUCGGGGCCCCGGACAUCGCAGGACGAACGAAGCCCUAUGGCUUCGACGCAGAGUCCCUGAUGGCCUCCUGCAAGGCAUCAAUCGCAAGAAUGAAGUGUCAGUACAUCGACCUGUACUACUUGCACUGGCCCACCCGGGACACCCCCAUCUUCGGCUGCGCCUCCUUCUACGCGGAAGGGAAGGAGCGGCCGAUGCCUCACUUUGACAAGGGCACCGUAGCGGAUUUUGAAGCGCAAGUGCUUGCGAUCAAGACUCUACUCGAUGCAGGCCUCAUCAAGUAUUGGGCACUCUCCAAUGAGAACAACUAUGGAGUUGCCAUGUUCUGCAUGAUCUGCGACAAGCUCGGUGUGGCGCGGCCCGUGUGCGUGCAAAAUGACUACUCGCUGGCGAAUCGGACAUUCGAGAGUGAUGGCUAUGAGAGCUGCCACCGUUUUGGCAUCGUCAGCUGCCACUACGGGGCAUUAGCAGGCGGGGUGCUUACGGGCAAGUACCUGAGAGACUCGCCGUACGCGAAGAAGGACCCCGGCCGCUCCCUUGCCGACUGCCGCCACAAGGCCAAGCCAGGAUUCCAGCCGCGCUACGGCUUCAAGACGACGAUGCAGGCCAGCGAACGCUACCAGCAGAUCGCCGAGCGCAUCGGCCUAACCCCCACUGAGCUGGCGCUGGCCUGGGCAAAGCAAAGGCCCUUCGUGGGCUCGGUGAUCAUCGGCACCACGACGGUGCGCCAGGUGGAGGAGUGCGUGGGCGCCUUUCUCAUCAAGGAGCUCCCUGCUGAGGUGAUGAAGGAGAUUGACGAAAUCCACGAGGAGCGGCCCAACCCGUCCAUGCACUACACGUGCAAGGACAUCUUGGAGGAAGCGAAGUGGCUCGGCCCCGGCGCAGUGAAGGCGUGUGACGCCUAG